AUGCCUGAAGAUUCUAAGAAACAUGACAAAAGAAACUCUAAAGAACAGAGAAAGCCUCGUCAGCGGCAUCAACAGACCAAGGCAGACAAAAAGACGGAAAAACCUGAAGAAUCCAUGAGCACCCCUAAAGUUCCUCAAAAACCACCAGUUAACGAAAGUCCACCGCCAGAGUUCUACAAGAAUUUAAAAAGGGAAACAGAUGAAAUUCUCAAAAUAACUGAAGAAGAAAAUGCUAAAUAUAAGAAGAAAGAAAUACAAAGCAACUGGUCCAAAUAUGAAUUGCCUAUUGAAAGCUAUGACAAUAUUGAUGAACAGGAAAAUUUAGGAGCCGAUUAUGAGAAACUUAUAGAAGCAUCUAUAUCGGCUGGGGGGCAUUUUCAGUUCAAACAUGAAAAGUCUUGGGAUAUGAACACAGGCCCAUCACAAUACGACAAGUAUUUCGAAAUCAAUAUGGAAGAUCUCAAUAUUGCUCUCUGUACUGAACCAUUUUACGUAAGGAAUUGUAUUAAAGAAACUUUGUUUAGUGAAAGUGAUAUAUUAACUAUGAAAAAUAGAUCCAUGAGGUUCAAACAAAAAUAUUUCAGUGAUAAAUCAUAUGCAACGCCUGACAGUAUAGUUCUAGAUAAAACACUUAAUAUCCUUCGGGAUAGUUUAAAGAAUACUGACAAUACAAGUAAAGAUUUAGUUGACAUGGAAAUAAAGAGUGAAAAGGCAAAAGAAGAGCCUUCGUUUGAAGAUAAACCUGCUUUAACAACUGAGAUUAAUUUGAAUAUAAAAAGUGAUCCCGAUACUUCUUCUGAUAGCAAUCAAAUUAUAGACCAAAAUAUUAUUAAUAUACAAAAUGUGCCAUAUGAAGACAAACCAUUUGAAAAAACUGAAGAAACCCCUAUAUCUGAUAAUAUUGUUGCACAUAACGACUUUAUAUUUAGAAACACCGAAAAAACUACUAAACCUUUAGUUGAAAAACCUGAACCAACAAAUAUAGAAAUAUCUAAUAUUGAACUAGUUUCUCAAACAGAGGUUAAAGAGACUUCUCCAUUUGAUACUGUGAAGAGAGCCAUAGCUGAAACGAAGGUGAAAGAAGCAACUGAAACCAAGGUUCCAGCUGCAGUCGACACUAAAGUAGUUGCAAACUCUCUAGUUGCUGCAUCCCCAAUGGAAAUAAAGAAAAAUCCAGUGUUUGAAUCUCCAGAGGAUCUUGAGAAGUGGCUAGAUGACUAUUUAGAUGGUUAA